CUCAGCCCCGAGCCGAGCCGGGGACACCCUGCUCUCGCGGGUUCCUGCUCGGCGUCGGGAAGUCUCCGGAGUUUUUUGUCUUUUCCUCCCCGGAAAGAUCUAUAAUCCUAAUAACCUGAUCUCCCGCCCCUCCCCGCCAGCCCGCCUCCGCCCUCGCCCCUUCCUCCCUCCCUCGCUCCUUCCCAUCUCCACGGUCGCCGCCGAGGGGAAAACCGGCUGCCGCCCUGGUGGGGGUGUCCUAGCCGGGCGCAGGGAGCUGGGCGGAGGCAGUGAUUCUCGGGGCUUUCGUUCGCCCGGUGCGCAGAGCGCAGGGCCGCUCGCAUCCCUGGGCAUCUCGUUCCCAAAUUAAACGUCAGCGGGAACCCCGGGCGGACUCCCCUCCUCUCCCGGCUCUCCGCCCCCUGUCCGCCGGGGAGGCUGUGUGGCCCAGAGGCGGCGGCCGCCGGGGCUGAGGCGAUCUGUGGGUGACCACAUCUGCGGGAGACGUUACCAUCCGUCCUCCAGGACUUGGGGAGAAAGAACCGGUAGCUCCGCAUCCCCUCCCGCUCCGCCACCUUUUCGGACACCCCGCGGGCACUCGAUUUGGGGUUCCAUCUGACUUCCAGGAAGGAAGAGCUCCUCUGACUCCAGCUUCGGUGGCCACCUGUCUUUGCCGCGGUGACCCUUUUCCCAUGACCCUGCGGUGCCUCGAGCCCUCCGGGAAUGGUGCGGAAGGGGCGCACAGCCAGUGGGGGACCUCGGGGUCGGCCGAGGAGCCGUCCCCGGAGGCCGCGCGUCUGGCCAAGGCCCUGCGCGAGCUCGGCUACACAGGAUGGUACUGGGGAAAUAUGACUGUUAAUGAAGCCAAAGAGAAAUUAAAAGAAGCACCAGAAGGAACUUUCUUGAUUCGAGAUAGUUCGCAUUCAGGCUACCUGCUAACAAUAUCUGUUAAAACAUCAGCUGGACCAACUAAUCUGCGAAUUGAGUACCAAGAUGGGAAGUUCAGACUGGAUUCUAUCAUAUGUGUCAAGUCCAAGCUUAAACAGUUCGACAGUGUGGUUCACCUGAUUGACUACUAUGUCCAGAUGUGUAAGGAUAAGCGGACGGGCCCGGAAGCUCCCCGAAACGGGACCGUUCACCUUUACCUGACCAAACCGCUGUACACAUCAGCACCCUCCCUGCAGCACCUCUGUCGACUCACCAUUAACAAAUGCACCGGUACUGUCUGGGGACUGCCUUUACCAACAAGACUCAAAGAUUACUUGGAAGAAUAUAAAUUCCAGGUGUAAGUGUUUCUCUUUUUCUAAACAUGCCUCAUUUAGAGUAUCUCCGAAUGCAGCUAUGUAAAAGAGAACCAAAACUUGAGUGACUACUCUGGAACCCUGGACAGAAUCCUUGCUAAGGACAGCUGAAGUCAAUCUAAUUUAAAUGCAUGAAGAGGCAGCUAGGUAUUUAAAGUUCCCUUAGAUAUUUCCACCUACCUGAGCAAUGCUUCCUUUUCUAAGGCUGAUCAAGACCAAUUGAUCCAUUUAAAUUCAAAAAAUAAAAUGUCCCAAAGUAAAGGCCGAGGGAGUAUUUUAUCAGAAUACCUUGCCUUUCAGAAGUUCCUUUGCAAUAGGUCAAAGGUCUAAGUUCCAAGCUCCACACACCAGCAAAGAGCUCCUCAAAGAGCUCCCGGUGCAGUACUGAAGAAGGGAGCAAAAUCAAGCUGACACAGGUGUGACUUCAGUUCUGAAUGCCUGUGGGUCAGUCUGUCUUAGGACAUUUUAUAUUUUACAUUCUGAUGUACCUAGGAAUUUUGUUAAACAGAUUGUGCUUGUGUUUAUCCCUCAUUUUAUGCAAUUAACCAAACCAACCAAAACAAGUAACCAUGCAAUCCUGUAUUUGUCUUUUUACUACAUGUAUGAACUCUUUCCUGUGAAUGAGUACUGUAGUAAUCCACUUUAAGGGAGCCUUAUUUCAGAAAUAUUUCAAACUGGUGCAAAUGGAAAAGACAUUCUCUUUUCCUUUAAGGCUAAAGACAAGAAUGUCAUGCUAUACAGGUGCAAUUCAAUCCCUGUUCUUAGAAAACAAUGUAGAUAUAGACGUUUUACCUUUUGAAGUAGCUGUGUCCCAAACUGUUGCCAUCUAUGUUUUGUGUUUUUUUUGGAAAUGGCUUUAGAGAUUUCCACGUUGUCCUUAAAUUGUCUAACCAAGGACAUCAGCAGUUAUCUCCCUUCUACCAUGACUUUGAUUUAAUUUUCUUCCGUUUAUAGGGGGAUAUCUGCCUGUUUUUCAAAGUGUUUAUUUACUGCUGUUACUAUUUGAUUAGAAUAUAUUAAAUAAAAGUAAGCCUGAUUUACAAA